AUGUCGACCAUACAGCAGUUGUUCUCGCUCGAAGGCAAGACAGCCUUGGUGACGGGAGGCACUCGAGGCAUAGGUCAAUCGAUGGCAUUGGCCUUUGCCGAAGCGGGAGCAGAUGUGUUGCUGGUGCAACGAGACGAGUCGAACCAGACCACAAAAGAAGCAAUUGAGUCGCUCGGCCGAAAGGCUCAGAUCUAUACGGCAGACCUAGCAUCUCAGGAAUCAAUCAAGCAGCUCGUGCCCAAAGUGCUCGCAGACGGCCAUCAAAUCGACAUCCUCCUGAAUUGCGGCGGCAUCCAGCGUCGCCACCCAGCUCACGAGUUCCCAGACGAAGACUGGAGUGAGGUCCUGCAAGUCAACCUGACCACGGUCUUCACGCUCUGCCGGGACGUCGGAGCGCACAUGCUCAAGCGAGACAAAGACCGGUACGGCAAACGAGGCAGCAUCAUCAACGUUGCGUCACUGCAGUCGUUCCAAGGCGGUCUCAACAUCCCGGCGUAUGCGUCCAGCAAGGGAGGAGUGGCCCAACUGACUAAAUCUUUGAGCAACCAGUGGGCGAGCGAGGGCAUCAAUGUCAACGCCAUUGCUCCUGGGUACAUCAGGACGGAUAUGAACAAGGCUCUGAUCAAUGACCCCAACCGAGCCAAGAGUAUUCUGGAGCGGAUACCGGCGGGGAGAUGGGGCUCGCCGGACGAUUUCAAGGGGAGUGUGGUGUAUUUAGCCAGCCGGGCUAGUAUGUAUGUUAGUGGUGAGGUGUUGACUGUUGAUGGAGGAUGGAUGGGAAGGUGA